CUGACGGAGCUGGAAGCGGCCAUUGAGACGGUGGUCACCACCUUCUUCACCUUCGCGGGGCAGGAGGGCCGGAAGGGCAGUCUCAGCAUCAAUGAGUUUAGGGAACUGGCCACUCAGCAGUUGCCUCACUUGCUCAAGGCAGAUCAUGAGCCAUCGGCUUCCCCGGCGCCAGCCAUAGGACGACACAGCUCUUGCCAGGACAAGCACACCGGGCACCAUGGGACAGUGUCGGUCAGCCAGUGCUGAGGAUGAGCAGGAAUUCAGCGACGUGGAGAGGGCCAUCGAGACCCUCAUCAAGAACUUCCACCAGUACUCUGUGGAGAGUGGGAAGGAGACGCUGACCCCUUCUGAACUUCAGGACCUGGUCACCCAGCAGCUGCCUCACCUCAUGCCGAGCAACGGUGGGCUGGAAGAGAAAAUCGCCAACUUGGGCAGCUGUAACGACUCUAAACUAGAGUUUGGGACUUUCUGGGAGCUGAUUGGAGAAGCAGCCAGGAGUGUGAAGCUGGAAAGCCCUGUCCGGGGCAGCUGAGAACCUUUCCCUGGAAUUCUUGGGGGGGAUGUUGGGGCCUAGAAAUAAAAGUCCUCUCUACCACCAGUA